GCAUAAAAAACUCGUACGAUAUAAUAAAUUAUCUGUAAUCACCAAUAUAGCAGCAAACCACAAUGACUUGUCAUUUUGAGACGAGUAAUGCGCCGAUAAUAGCAACAGCCGGAAACUUUAACACGCAAAAGGAAAACUGUCCGUAGCAUUUGACGAAGAAAGUGAACGCCUCUGGUACUGAAUUAAAUGAGAAAAUGCCUCACCAUCACCAAAGGAAAAUCGAAAACUAUUCAAAGAUGGCUGAGCCAACGCGUGCAGUUGACGACAUGUUACAGUCUGAGCCUACGCCUGAUUGGCGUAAAGGAAGGAAACAUUGGGGAAUAGCAUGGGAGUUACACUGGAUUGGAUUUGGUCUUGCAUUCAGUAUCUUAGCAGUUUUUUCUCUCUUUUCCUUGAUCCAAGCCAGAAAGAAAAGAGGAUUUGGACGAAAGCCCUUCGUGAUCGCUGUGAACUCUUUGUUGUUGUUUUUCGGUGUCACGCGGGCUUCUUACCUUUUGAUAGAUCCCUAUGGAUCACAGCAGAAUGGUAUCGAGGUUCCAUUAUGGUUUUUACAAUUCCUUUUUAACAUCGCUUUCCCUUGCCUGACCUCGUCUUUCAGUUUGAUCUUUUUGGCUUUUCUUGAAGUUUCAAAAUUGCAGUUGGUGCCGAACAAGUUGCAGAAUAUUUACUUACUCGGUUCAAUCAUAACGUUUCACUUUGCCUUAGUCCUUGCUGGAGAUAUUGCCUCGGCAGUGGACGCCGAUAUUAUCAUUUUAUUACUCAUUUGCCAAGUUUUUAUUAUUGUUUGGGGAUUUCUUCUUUCCGCCAGCUUUAUCUACAGUGGGUUCAAAGUUAUACAUCAAGUGAGAAAUGUCGAGAAACGCCUGCAACUACAGAACAGAGCGAAUACAUCCAAAGUUGCAAAAGUCACAAUUGGUACAAGCAUCUUAGGAAUCGCGAGCAGCAUUUUACAAUUAUAUUCGCUGGUCAGUGUUUACAAAUUCUAUGCUAAGAUUCAGGAGCCUGAUGCGUGGAUGUGGUGGACUUUUCAAACCUGUGCUCGCCUUGUUGAAAUUGCCAUGGCCUGCACACUCAUAUACAGUGUAAGGAGACCUUCCGAAAAUAAACGCUCCGCCAGUGUCAGAAGAAAACUUACAGUGACAGAAACAGUGUGACGAGAUAGAAAAGGAAUGGUAAGGACGCCAGAACUCUUUGAGAAGCAAGCUUACAUGUAAUCCACAAGAUGUGGGAUUUAUUUGGAAAGAUCUACGUUUUCCAAGGAAAGCUCAAAGUGAAUUAAAAGUCGUACCGAAGGAAACUGAAGUGCGCUAGUGCUUUUCCGAAGAUAAAUUAUUCCCACGGAUCUACCGAACCGUUAAAAGAGAGAGCGGAAAUAUAUUUACCUCAUUCGCCCGGCAAAGCUGACAUCGGCCAAAGCGGUACCUUUUCAAACUCUCCAAUUACCUCAGUUUGUCCUUUACCCGAACUAAAUCAAAAACACAACAUCUGUGUACUCUAUGAUAGCACAAACAACUAUAGACUAUGGAAGCUGAAUGUAGCAAAUUUAUUCCCUACUGACAAAAUGGCGGCGGGUCGCUAAUUCAAAAAAAUUAGGUGGAGAAGGCAGAGACCUAGUUUUCUACAAAUGGCAGGAUCUGUUCUCUUUUACUCUAUUUUGUCUUUAAUUUUGCUUCAUUUUUUUCCUUUUUUUAUUAUUUUUAUCUUUUUUUUUAAUUAUAGGCCAGUGUUUUUCAUGUUACGUAACUCUUGUUGCGGUGUCACGUGCAGGGUGCCAGGAUGCCGCGAAACGAAUAUAUUUAAUAACUGUAUUUUUCCGGAAAUGCUCCAGGUAUCUUCCCCGCCCGCUCUUUUGUUAUACUUGUAAAGACAAACAGAAUUAGAGUAGACGGCGAAGGAAAUCUUUUGUUUCCGAGAGAGCUAUUGAAUUCAUAGAGUCAAUAUGCUAACACAGCUGUAGCAACGAAUAUUACUUUUCAUUGGUUUGAUACUUAGGGUUUUUUUCGAUGGGAGGGAAAAUAGAAGACGUGUCUCGCUUGCAUAACCAAAAUUACACGUGAAGACACGCGUGCGAUUAUAAACUGAACCCUUUUACACCCUAAUAUCAGUAUGCAUAUUCUCCAUACUGUUCCCAAUACAUUGCCUAAGGCACUGAAGAGGAGAAUUUGUUAAAAAAUCUAAAGCUUCUCCAGGGGUGAAAGGGUUACGGAGAGAUGCUUCUCCUGAUUUGGCAAACUUUCUGUCAACUCGAUCGGGAACGAAAAAAUAUUAGUUCUGUUAGAAAAUCAUUGGGAGGCAAUAGUGUAGCAAGAAGGAAAAAACAUGGCUAGGAAUGGGAUGUAAAUGAUUAAAACUGUGACGUUACCAUCCUUUAAUGAUGUUAUGAAAAUUAUAGUCAUAAGAUCGUAAAAUAAGAAGUCGAAUUAGCUAAAGACUUCAAAAGAGGCACAUAAAUCUAAAGGUAAUGUUAUGAUGGUGUUUAUUAA